UUGACUGUAGAAUUUUCAGUUUGAUUUUUGAAAAAUCUAAAUAUUUAGUUAUUAAGUAAAUGAACUAAUUUGUAUGUAACGAGAUGAAUUUAUCGAAUAUUUUAAUCGGUGCUCAUUUAUUGAGGCGUCACCCGUUGUUCUUACGUUCAUCGUACAACAGAAUCCUUACCCUAACCUCACAUUCUAGAACUUUCACAUUAGCAUCUCAUUUUAAAUGCACGUCUAGGUUAAUCCAAAGGGACCGAAGCAAAUUAGUGGACAGAUGUAAAUGCGCGCUUGGAUUCCGUUACUUUGCCACUAAAGAUGAAUCUGGUGGAGGCGAUGAGCAGCCUCCACCGCAAGAUGAUAAUUACAACCCCCACACUGCUUUGCCUGCGACCGUGGUUGUGCCAGAAGUCUGGCCGCACGUCCCUGUAAUUGCAGUUAGUAGAAAUAUAGUUUUUCCCAGAUUUAUAAAGCUGAUAGAGUUAACGAAUCCUACUUUGAUUGAACUGAUUAGACGUAAAGUGAAACUUAACCAACCUUAUUGCGGAAUAUUCUUAAAGAAAGAGGAAGAAAACGAUUCUGAAGUUGUUAAAAAUCUUGGUGAUGUUUACAAUGUCGGUGUAUUCGCGCAAAUUCACGAAAUGCAAGAUUUAGGCGACCGGCUCAGACUGGUCGUAAUGGCGCAUCGACGUAUUAAAAUUACAGGUCAAAUUCUUGAAAAUGAGGAGGAGGCCCCGCGAGAGAUGAAACUUAAGUUUCCUCCUUUUAAGACGUCUUUGAACGUUUUUGUAGACGAAUCCGAUAAUGAUAAGAGACGGCGAAAAGCUCGUAAUAAUCGUGGAAAGAAAACUUCGACGACAGUCGAUACGAAACAAGCCGAGACACAGUCGAAACAACCAGAAGAGGGUCUCUCUGUGAAAGAUUUACUUUUAAUGGUGGAGGUUGAAAAUGUGGUUCAUCAUAAAUUUCGCCAAACGGAGGAGGUGAAGGCUCUUACUCAAGAAGUUAUCAAAACGAUUCGUGACAUUAUCAGCCUCAAUCCUCUGUAUAGGGAUAGUUUGCAACAAAUGAUGCACCAAGGGCAGCGAGUUGUUGAUAAUCCGGUUUAUCUCAGCGAUUUGGGUGCUGCUCUUACUGCUGCCGAAGGGCAUGAAUUACAAGAAGUUUUAGAGGAAUUGGACAUCCCUAAACGCCUGCUGCUGUCAUUAUCACUGUUGAAGAAAGAAUAUGAACUAUCAAAGCUACAACAAAAGAUAGGUCGUGAGGUCGAGGAGAAAGUAAAACAACAUCACCGUAAAUACAUCUUGCAAGAGCAGUUAAAGGUCAUCAAAAAGGAGCUCGGUUUGGAAAAGGAGGAUAAGGAUGCAAUUGGUGAAAAAUUCAGAGAAAGGAUUAAAGAUAAAAUUUUGCCCCAGGCCGUUUCAAGCGUGAUCGAGGAGGAAUUAAAUAAGCUUAGCUUCUUAGAGGGCCAUAGCUCUGAAUUUAAUGUAACAAGAAAUUACUUGGAUUGGUUAACGUCAUUACCUUGGGGCGUUCAAAGUGAAGAAAACUUAAAUUUGGAACAAGCAUCUACAAUUUUAGAGCAAGAUCACUAUGGAAUGGAAGAUAUUAAAAGACGAAUUUUAGAAUUUAUAGCGGUUAGUCAAUUAAAAGGAUCGACCCAAGGGAAAAUUUUAUGUUUUCAUGGGCCGCCGGGUGUCGGUAAAACUAGUAUCGCAAGAUCAAUUGCGCGAGCUUUAAAUAGGGAAUAUUUUCGAUUUUCGGUAGGUGGCAUGACCGAUGUCGCCGAGAUUAAGGGCCACAGACGUACUUACGUAGGAGCUAUGCCUGGUAAAAUUAUCCAGUGUUUGAAGAAAACACGAACUGAAAACCCGUUGGUACUCAUUGACGAAGUAGACAAAAUUGGAAAGGGAUAUACGGGAGAUCCCAGCUCGGCGUUACUGGAAUUACUAGAUCCAGAGCAAAAUGCAAAUUUCCUAGAUCAUUAUUUAGACGUUCCCGUUGAUUUAUCUAAAAUUUUAUUCAUUUGCACCGCAAAUGUGAUCGAUACAAUACCGGAACCAUUGCGCGAUCGUAUGGAAAUGAUCGAUAUGUCUGGAUAUGUUGCCGAAGAAAAGCUUGCCAUCGCGAAACAAUAUUUACUCCCUCAAGCAAUGAAGGAUAGCGGUCUAAAGAGUACCAAUAUUAACUUAGAGGAUGCCACACUGACUGUACUUAUCAAGAGUUACUGUCGUGAGUCUGGUGUGCGGAAUUUACAAAAACACAUAGAAAAGGUAGUAAGAAAAGUGGCGUAUAAGGUGGUCAAAGAUGAGACUUCGUUUGUUCAAGUGACCCCUAGUAAUCUAGCCGAGUUUGUUGGCAAACCUGUAUUUACCCAUGACAGAAUGUAUCCACACACACCGCCGGGAGUUGUGAUGGGAUUAGCUUGGACCGCUAUGGGUGGAUCAACAUUAUUCAUUGAAACCACGACCAGAAGAAAGUCGGGAGAAAAAGACAACACUGGCAGUCUAGAAAUCACGGGACAUUUGGGAGAUGUCAUGAAAGAAUCUGCUCGAAUUGCCCUUACCGUCGCGCGGAAUUACCUGCGCGCGCUAGAUCCCGAAAAUAAAUUCCUAGAAAACAGUCACUUGCAUUUGCAUGUCCCGGAAGGAGCAACACCAAAAGACGGCCCCAGUGCAGGAUGUACCAUUGUCACAGCUUUACUGUCGUUAGCCAAAAAUGAGCCGAUUCGACAAGAUGUUGCAAUGACCGGCGAAAUUUCGUUAAUGGGUAAAAUUCUUCCAGUCGGUGGGAUUAAAGAAAAAACUAUCGCCGCGAAAAGAUCAGGAGUAAAGUGUAUCAUUUUACCCGAAGAAAAUAAGAAAGAUUACAAUGACCUUCCUCAGUUCAUUACCGAAGGCUUGGAAGUUCACUUUGUAAAUAACUAUAAUGAAAUCUUCGAUAUUGUCUUCUCGCCGGCUACAUCAACAAUUACACCCCCUUCAGUAUCUAAAUUUACCGCUGCGACAGUGUGAAUAGGCUAAUAUGUGAUUGUUAAAAUGUAUCUAUUUAUAAGUGUUGUAUAUAAAGUACAUUUUUCUUAUUUGUACUAUUUUUAUAAAACUGAAUAAAUUGUUACUAUUUGUUUUCAUUAA